AUGGAACAAGAAUGGCAAUUCGUUCGAGAAUCAGUUAAAUAUGUUUGGAAAACUCCCGAAGAAUGUCCUAUGCCAAAAUUUAAUAUUGAAAAAGCAUGUUCAAUUAUUUAUGGUAAAAAAUUUUUAUUGGUGGGAGAUAUUUUACUUUUUCAAUUACAUGAACUUUUAUUAGAUUAUUUUAAGGAGGGAUCAGUACAAUGUUAUGGAGAAAUUGCAUGUAAAGAACAUUUACUUUGUAAAAUUGAUAAUAUUGAACAAGGAAAUGGAAAACAAAAGCAACCACCUAAAAUGAAAUUUAUUAGAAAUGAUUUAAUUUCGAAUCGUCAAAAUUUACCGAUUGAUGAUAUAAAAUUUACGGAUGCGAAAAAUUUAGAAUUACCAUGGAUUUCAUAUGCCCAUAAAUUUAAUGUAUUAAUUUUAAACAAAGGACAUCAUUGGCAAGAUGAUGAAACGUUUCGUAAUAAUUUAAUUGAAGUGAUGGAUUCAGUUCGAACCAAAUUUCCCAAUACUCUCAUAAUUUAUAAAUCCACAACUUUAGGUCAUUUAAAUUGUCAAUCAGCGAAAGAACCUUUAUCAUCACCACCCAAUGCUACAGAAUUAGAAUCUUUACCUUAUCAUUGGGGAGAAAUUCAUAGACAAAAUUUAAUUGCUAAAGAAAUUAUUGAAGCUGUAGGAGGAGUUUUCAUAGAUUUAGAAAAUGUGAUGAUUACGAGAAUUGAUGAUCAUAUUGGAGGGCAAGAUUGUUUAAGAUGGUGUAUUCCUGGUCCGGCGGAUAUUUGGUUAGAUUUUUUAUUUUACGUUAUGAAUGAAUUAAAGUAA